UCGGGGCCUUCUCAGCAGCUCUGUUCGAAAAUCGGCUGAAAAUGUCGACUGCGAAGCGACAGCUCGCGGUCCGCGACCACUAACUCGCCCCCGCAAACUAUGGCCGCCAAGAAAACCAAGAAAAAAAUCCGGUCCCUGUAGCGCGUUGCCGGAAAACAUCGCUUCUUUGCAACCCCCGUGUGGUUCCUGUGAGUUUUCCGACCGAAGAAAAAACUGAGUGAUUUACGAAAACGGGAAACUGUGAAAAACGAUGGAAUUUCCGUGGCGUGUGGGCGGAAAUGUGAACGUGUCGGUGAAUGCGAGGGGCAUGUGACCGGGGUGAAGGUGACGAAAAUGCAGAAGGAAAACAGUAACGCUGCGGAGGUUCAGCACCAAUAUGUUGGACCGUACCGCUUGGAAAAGACUCUCGGAAAAGGACAAACAGGACUGGUUAAAUUGGGGGUGCAAUGCGUCACUGGAAAGAAAGUAGCGAUUAAAAUUAUUAACAGGGAAAAAUUGAGCGAGAGCGUUUUGAUGAAGGUGGAACGAGAAAUAGCUAUAAUGAAACUAAUAGACCAUCCUCACGUCCUAGGACUGACGGAUGUUUACGAAAAUAAAAAAUAUUUGUAUUUAGUAUUAGAACACGUCUCUGGCGGCGAACUAUUCGACUAUCUAGUGAAGAAAGGCCGUCUAACACCUAAAGAAGCCCGUAGAUUCUUUCGCCAAAUAAUAUCAGCAUUAGAUUUUUGCCACAGCCAUUCUAUCUGCCAUAGAGACCUAAAACCUGAAAACCUGCUGCUCGAUGAGAAAAACAAUAUAAAAAUAGCGGAUUUUGGAAUGGCCUCCUUACAGCCGAUGGGAUCCAUGUUGGAAACAAGUUGCGGCUCACCCCAUUACGCAUGUCCGGAAGUCAUCAGGGGUGAAAAAUACGAUGGUAGAAAAGCGGACGUAUGGUCUUGUGGAGUGAUAUUGUACGCCCUAUUGGUCGGUGCUCUGCCCUUUGAUGACGAUAACCUCAGGCAACUGCUGGAGAAGGUAAAAAGAGGCGUGUUUCACAUCCCGCACUUUGUACCCCCGGAUUGUCAGAGUCUGUUACGAGGAAUGAUCGAGAUCAAUCCAGAUAAAAGGCUAACGUUAACAGAAAUUAACAAGCACCCUUGGGUAACCGCUGGAGGAAAGGGUGAACUCGAAUUGGAACUUCCCAUGAUGGAAGUAGUACAGACACACGUGUUGCCGUCCAUCGAAGCUGUAGACCCAGAUGUUCUACAAGCAAUCUGCAGUUUGGGUUGUUUCAAGGAAAAAGAAAAACUAAUUCAACAUCUACUUAGCCCCAGUCAUAAUACUGAAAAGGUGAUAUAUUUUCUAUUGCUGGAAAGAAAAAGACGCAGGCCUGCGUACGAGGAUGAAACGACUGACUCAGUUUUAAGGAUACGACCAAACGAAUCAUUGGAUCCACCGAAAAAGAGAAUCGACACUUGCAGAGUGAACGGGCAGACUAGUUUGCAGUUUGGACAAAUCAGCGAAGGAUCUCCUCUAACACCAAGAAGGUCCCACUAUAAACGACAUCAUGCAAGAAGAAGCCCCUCAACUGGUAGCACUCACAGCAGCCUUAGUGUUCAUUCACCUACGAGAUCAUCUGGCGCUUCUAGCCCUGUAAUGUUUAACAGUAGUAUCACACCUACUAAUACUCACUCUGGAAUGUCUUCGCCUGUAAGCCAACGCUCGACGCCGUCCCACCACGCGCCCCCCUCCUCCACUCACCGCGUCUCCGCCCACGUGACGGCUAACACACACGUGACGGUGACCCCGCCCCCGGCCACGCCCACCCACCACCGAGCCAAUAGCAGCGGCGGCGCGUCGGUGAUGUCGCUGACGUCACCGGAAAGCGACGCCGCCAGCUUGGUGGCAGGCUCUAAUAUAUUGACCCCGAUGACCCCGCCCGGCUCGCCGCACCUGAGUACGACCAGCCAUCACUGGAGGUCGAGACUGACCACUAUCAAAAACAGUUUUCUCGGCUCCCCGAGGUUUCACAGGCGAAAAUUACAAACUUCUUCUGAAGAAGUUCAUCUAACUCCCGAGUCGUCUCCAGAAUUAACGAAAAAGUCCUGGUUUGGAAGUUUGAUGACAACAGAAAAGGACGAGACCUUCACCAUAUUGGUGAAGGGCAAGCCGUUAGCUACAGUAAAGGCUGAUCUGAUACAUGCUUUCUUAUCGAUAGCAGAGUUGAGUCAUUCCGUCUCAAGUCCCAUGUCAUUCCGAGUGGAAUAUAAGAGGGGCACGGCAGGACCGGCAAUGUUCCAGAGGCACGUGCGAUUUCAAGUUGACAUUUCCAUUAUAACGAAGCAAACGGAGAAUGCCAAGGAACAUUUAUAUGCCAUAACUUUCACGUUGUUAUCAGGUAAUAUACGACGUUUUCGACGGGUUUGUGAGCAUAUCCAAGCGCAGGUUUGCACAAGAAGGCCUCCACCUAGUCCUAGGGCCCAAAGAAAAUUCACAACAGACUUGUCAGAGAGCUCGUCCUGUGGGUCGGAUUCCAGUGAAUUGUAUCUUAACACUAGACAAGUCAACGUGCUCCAGCUUGAAAACAGUGACUUGGAGAGCGAAUGUAGCGUGUUCGACGUUCGCACCGCCUCCAGGGAGGUGUCCAGACGGGCCUCCACCAAUAACAACACGGAGAACUGCGAACAGAACCCGCCCGGCACGCCCAAAGCGGUCCGGUCCAACUCGGAAAACACCGACUCCUGCGAGAAAACCUGCAUCACCACCAUGUCGGGCAGUUCAAUUGCGUAAUAUUGGGCGGGGCUAGUGGGCGGUCUCUGGCUGUUGUACAAGCGCUACGGCGCCGCGCUUACCUGCUGGUACGGUCAAGUGUUGCGAUUCGCCGUUCUUAUUGGCCGGAGGGCGUGGUGGCGUCGCUCUAAGGGCGUGGCUCAAUAACCAAAGACAUUUCCGAAGAAAAAAAUCGCAUUUUUUGUUUUAUGAAGUAGAAUUUUACAAGAAUAUGAGACUCAAAAUAUAUUUGAGUGAUAAUUGUGAUUAUUAUUUAUAUUUAUUAUUAAUUAAUAGUUUAUUGGUUAUAUUUUUUUCCUCAAUAUGUCUUUGGUUUGCCACUACGAAGUUUCAGUGAGUGAAGAAGACUUAAUGCUUAAUUAUACGUUUAAACCGUACGAUAUACGUUAUUUAAAACUGUUUUUGUAGCUUAAUAAAUGGAUAAAAGCGAUUUUAAAAUUAAUAAGCAGUUCUGCAUUGAAAACUAUUUGGUUUAUAUGUUAUCAAGGCCUGAAAUUUAAGGUUAUUGUAAGACACGCGUUAAUAUAUUAUUGAAGGUGUUUUUUGAAAUGUAAAUUAUUAUUAUUACCAAACCAACUCCUAUGUCAAAGCAGACGUGAUGUAUCGAUAAAUGUCAUGUCAAUAUAGAACUUAUAUCGCCGUUUUAGAAAACACUUUACCCAUAAAUCAAAUAAUACUAAAUAUAUUAACAGGAAGAAAAUAAAAUUUAAUUAUACUCCUGAAAUCGUUAUAGCCUUCGAAUUAGUUAAACUUGAUUUCGUUAUUUUUAAUGUUGAUUCGCGUUGUUGAUUUACUUUGAACACUAUGUAUAUAGUAGAUGACUUACGGUAAUGUGGACGUUUUUUAAAGAAUUCGUUUAAGUAUAUAUAAUUGUGAAGUUUUAUUUUAAAAAAUUAACAGUUACGAUAUUAUAGGGAGUAUGCCAAAAAGUUUGCAACAAAUCGAUAUAUUGAGCGUAUAUUUAUGAAAAUUUGCCAUAUAUAGGUAUAAAAUUAAACUCGGCAUCGAAUAUGUCCAUGAUUAGUAACAAUCAAUUUAAAAAUUGUGCCCUCGAUUAUGUAACUAAAAGUUUAAUUGGUAUCGCUUAUAUGUAUAAGAACUUUUUA